GCAUGUAGAAUCAAGGGUCACAAUGCUGUUUUCAUAGGGACAAUCUGCAUGUUUGAGGCAUCUUUGCAUGUGUCCAAGUCCUGUGUCCAUGCAAUGACUGCUUCAUUCUCAGCAUUCCUGCUCAUUUUGAGUGUUGCCUCUGUGUUUUGAGGGUGCAUUUUUUCUUCUGAAUGUUUGUGGGUUCAUCUGUGGAUGGUUUUUGGCUUCGAGGAGAGUUGUUACUUGGGCCGGUCGGUGGUCAUGGUUUGUAGUGAGUUGGUCGUUUGAAAGUGUGGUUUUAUAGGAGGGAGUUCAAUUGGGGAUCGGCGUUUGUUUCGUGUUUGAUUGUUGGGAGCUGGUGUGUAUUUUUUUGUGGCUCUGCUUGUGGUGGAGUUGUGACGAUUCGAGAGGCUCUGCCCUAAUUUUGCUCCGCUCUCUGACCCUCGUCUGUGGUCAGUGAAUUUGUCGAGAAAAAUUCAGCUGUUCUUACAAUUUUUGUGUUUUUGUUUUCCAGGGUGUUUGAUUCCUUCGAAUCCCAACCGCUGACUCUGAAGAGCUGAUCCAUCUUUAUUUUUUCUGUCAAGUUGGCUUUAAGGCUCAUUUCUUUACUGCAUGUGAUGCCUGAUUGAGGUCCACACCUAGUUUUGGACUUUGUUUGGGUGGCGCUGUUGUGUACUACAGAUUGGGAGAGUCUUCAUUUUUAAAUUGCGGGGGAUAGAGUUUAUGGUAUCGGGCUGGUCUACUUUGGGGUGUCGAAAAGGUUGUUGGGUGAACUCUUGUUUCUUCCCUCGCUGGUGCUCUUGGUUCGGUCAUUAAAAAAUUGGCUGUCUGGGGUUUACCUGAAUCCGAAGAUUGAAGGACUCUUCGGUGUUGUUGGAAAGAUUUUCAAAUCCCUGGAGCGGAAAACGUAGUGACAUUGUAUUUUGUGCGUACUUGUGAAUAGUAUUAAUCUAGAACUUCUUGCACGCCUUUGUUCAUGCAAGUGUCUCCUUCCUAUUUCAUCUUAGGGAGAUAGUUGUGAGCAUGAAUGCUUCUGAUUCCGUCCACUCCCCAGCUAUCUUUAGUUCAUUUAUUUUUCCCUUCAUAGUUUUAAAGUCCUAAGGCCCAAGACGGGUGUGAGAAUAUUGGCUCUAUAACAAACCCCCAUGUUUAGUUGCUGUACCAGUAUUGCCUUCGGAUUGCAUUUUUUCCGUUCUAUUUGAUGCAUUGCCCUUGGGAGCUGGGAAUGGUCAGUGCCGGUGAAUCACACAUGAAUUCUGGAUGGCAAACAAGACUACCAAGGUCUGUUUGAGGAUAUUGGAUUCCCUGUGAAGCGCGGGUGGCGCAAUCGGUGUUAUAUUUUCCUUCCCUUUCUCAAGAUGGGCUGUGCUACAUGUGUGGAUGAGCAAGACUAGGCUGGCUCAGCGGCACGGCAAUCAUGGUGGUUGCCAGUUCGAAAGCUUCAGCUCAGAAUGUUUUUGCGGACUUGCUGGAUUCGCUCAUUUUAGAUGUGGCAUCUGAAGCACACAGAGCUACUCGUCUGGGCUUUGACUAUCGGCUGAAGGGCGAGGAGGCAGAUGCAGCGCGCACCUGCGCUAGUGUCCGAGCUGCCUUGGGCGAUGUCGACUCUGCUGCCUCCGAGAACAGUGGCAAGUACACUGUGGAUGUAUUCGAACAGACACAUCCCAGCAUUGCUCAAGAGAUGUUCGAUUGUAUGAAUUGUGGGCGUCUUAUUGUCGCUGGUCGCUUUGCUCCUCAUCUUGAGAAAUGUAUGGGAAAGGGUCGGAAGACACGGGUGAAGUCAAGCUCUAGUGUGAAUGGUAGUCAGUCCCGGCGAGGUCGGGUAGCUGCAGCGACUUCCAAAAACAUAACCGACAAUUCUGCUGGUCAUAACCCAUUCUCAAGUAAGCCACUCGUGCGAGGUGCUGCUCAUGAAUCUCAGGAUAGUGCCCCAGAAGUUAACGGAACUUCAAUAACUGGGGGCUCAUCUGAGGACGUUGUUCCAGGGUCGUCUCAUCCUGGGAAAGCAAGAACCAAAAAGAGCUCCUUCAAAUUACAGUGGGUGAAUCCAGCUGCAAGCCUGUUUAAUGGCCUUGUAGACAGAGAAGGUUCUGCAUUUGACACUACUCCGGGAUCCCAGCUUGGUCUUGUAGCUGGCAUGGCAGUAUCUGUGGACCCUGAAGCUCCAGUUGCAAACUUCAGAUCGAUGGGAUCCGCUCGUACAAGCUCCAUCAAGGGACGGAAAGGCAACGAGAAGAAGAGGAACAUUGGGCAAGUUUUGGCGGGGUCUGCCAGCAUGGCCAAUGGAGUUAAUGGAAACGGGGAUUUGGAUACGUGGUCGAGAGCUGUGGAUAUUAGAAUUGAAAAUUCAGAUGCCUCUCUAAUGCCUCCAUUGUGGAGUCCUUCCUGGGGUUAAUGUUUGUAGCUAAUCUUACGGAACAUGAUGUGUCUCUGUCUACGAGCAGUCUCUGCUUCAACUACAUGGAGCCUGUGAAGGUUGCUCAGGGAAAACAAAAUUCGGAAUCCUCUAUUGAUUUGCGAGUGAGCUUGCAAACCUGAGAUUGCUCCCUUCUGCAGAGAUUGCUACACUAAGGAUUGCAACACUGGCAUCGAGAGAUCCUAUCGUAGGCAAAAGUAGGUGAAAAUUUGAACAGUAAGGACUAUGAACACAUAUGAAGAGUGUAUAAACUAUGUGCCUGAAAGAAAUGUUC